AUGGAUUCCGACGCUACUUCGAGGUUCAUUCCUGAACACAGAAGAACCAAUUUCAAGAACCGUGGCCAUUUCCGAGCCGACGAACUUCGUCGUAGACGUGAAGAGGCACAAAUUGAAAUUAGAAAGGCCAAAAGAGACGAGAACCUGACCAAAAGACGAAAUCUCAAUGCGGUUCAACUCAGCACUAGUGACAGUGAAGAUGAUGACGAGGCAGAUGCCAGCCAGGCUCUCGAGGUUCAAUUAUCUCAAGAAUUGCCAGUAAUGAUCCAAAACUUAUAUUCAGAAGAUCUCGAUUUGCAACUGGAUGCCACCACCAAAUUUAGAAAGCUCUUGUCCAAGGAGCGAAACCCUCCUAUCCAGCAGGUCAUUGAAUGUGGCGUUGUGCCCAAAUUUGUCGAGUUUUUACAAUCCAACCAUACAAUUCUGCAAUUUGAGGCGGCCUGGGCUUUGACUAACAUUGCUUCUGGUUCUUCUAAUCAAACAGCUGCUGUCAUUGCUGCUGGCGCCAUUCCACACUUUGUCCAAUUGCUCAAUUCUCCCGAACCCGAGGUCAAGGAACAAGCCGUAUGGGCUCUAGGUAACAUUGCCGGAGACUCUGCUACUUGUAGAGACGCGGUUCUCGAGGCAGGUGCUCUUCUUCCUCUGUUAAAUAUGUUGAACGAGUCGAAGAAGAUGCCUUUGUUGAGAAAUGCUACCUGGACUUUGAGCAACUUCUGUCGUGGUAAAGACCCUCAACCCGACUGGGAAACCAUCCAAAUCGCCCUUCCUACUUUGGCCAAACUCAUUUUCUCAUAUGAUGACGAGGUUUUGAUCGAUUCGUGCUGGGCCAUUUCGUACUUGUCGGACGGUUCUAACAACAAGAUCAAGGCUGUUAUUGACGCCGGUAUUCCUCGUCGUCUUGUUCAACUGCUUGGUGAGAAGGCCACUGCUGUUCAAACUCCUGCUCUUCGUUCGAUUGGAAACAUUGUUACUGGUGAUGAUGUACAAACCCAGGUUGUUAUUAAUGCUGGGGGACUUCCUGCCUUGUUGCAACUGUUAUCUUCUCCUAAAGAGAGUAUCCGUAAAGAAGCCUGUUGGACUCUGUCGAACAUUACAGCUGGUAACUCUGACCAGAUCCAGGCCGUUAUUGACGCCAACCUGAUUCCUCCUCUCAUCAACCUACUUUCGACUGCCGAUUUCAAGACCCGUAAGGAAGCCUGUUGGGCUAUUUCUAACGCCACUUCUGGAGGACUGACGAGACCCGAGCAAAUCAGAUACCUUGUGAGCCAGGGAUGUAUCAAGCCAUUAUGUGACCUGCUGUCGUCUCAAGACAACCGAAUUAUUCAAGUAGCUCUUGACGGUCUGGAGAAUAUUCUGAAGGUGGGUAAGCACGACCAGGAAGAAAAGGGUCUUCCGUACAACGAAUACGCCAUGUAUGUGGAAGAGGCUGGUGGCAUGGAGAAGAUCCAAGAGUGCCAGAACCUGGAGAACGAGGCUAUCUAUCGCCGAGCCUACGAUAUCAUCGACGAGCACUUCCGCGAGACCGACGACGUGGUCGAAGACGACUCUGGCCUCGCGCCCCAAGCGGCCGGCGACAGUUUCGGGUUCGGCGUGCAACAACAAGCCCAGGGCCAGGGCUUCAAUUUCGGCAACUAA